AGGAUGUGUGUACGUAAUGAAAAGGAGCGAUGCACAACCCGGUUCGAUCGUCCAAACACAAUACAUGGACGUCCAUGAACAAAUCCUGGACAUGGCCAUAUUGUCUCAAGUGACUUGUCCGCGCAUCCAAACGAAUCCCAACAGGGGUAUUUCGGGUAUUCCACUCAACGAGUUUAAACCCAAAACCCUGGAGAAUUCCCAGCUUCCUCUGCCUUUCUUCCAUUACUCCAGAAUCUCUUGUAAGCAAAAGCAUGGAGAUUAUCAAGAGAACCCUUCGGGCCCAUCAUUUCUGCAAAAUCCUCAAACUCCAAAACCCUUCGCGAUCCCUUUCUCACUCUCAUUCUUCUCUUUUCCUGCUCGGACAUCUAGAUUCUCAGGUUUUCUCCUCUCUUCCUUCCAUCUCUCGAACUAUCUCAUCUUCGGCGGCUUUUUCUCAAGAAGCUGUCGACAUCACCGAAGAACGAAUCGAAGAAACUGAUUUGAUCUAUUUGGAGAAGAACGGAAGAAAGUCGGAUGCAGUUGAAUCGGCAUCAGAAUCUCAAAAUGCUGGCAAAUCUAUCAAGAAACAGAAAAGAUCGGAGAAAAAAAAGAAGAAUACGAAUAGGAAGCCUCUGGAUAGUUCAGCAUCUCUGGAAAUCAGAGAACUGAAGGAGAAGAUACGGAAUUUGGAGAGAGAUGUGGAGAUUCUGAAAGCCAAUGGAAGUUCGCAUCCCAAAACGGAGAAGAAAGAUGGGUUCGGAACCGACCGACCUAAAUCUAACGGCCUGUAUUCUCUCUUUGCGAAACCUUCGAUUUCUGAGAAGAAAUAUGCUCCGCCCAGGGAAAAGAAGUUGAGUGAUACUGUAGAAUCGAGAUCUUUGGAAAAGGUACCAAAAGAACUUUCUCUUGAGAUGCUUUCAUUCGUGAACCGUUUGCAUGAGGAAGGAUACCUGAGGAAUGCUAAUUUCUUGAAAGAGGGGCAGUUGGAUCUCGAAUGCUUCUCCAGCAGUUAUUCCCAAAGCUUCCUAAAGUCUGCCGCAGAAAGGUUUGGGUGUGACCAUCAAGAUAUUGCAAAAUGGCUAUCUGGCGGUGACUUGAAAAAGGUUGCCCUUUUUGGCUGCCCUACUGUUGAAAGAAAAACCAUUUUUGCAGCCAAGGGUCUACGAACUUUCUUCAGAAUCGAGGAAGAUAUUGUGUGCCGACCUUGUAAAUUGAAGAGCUCAUGCAAAUUCGUGAACCAUAGAGUAGUGAAAAGGGAGAACGUUAAUUUAGUGGACGCAUUGAGGCUCCUUACUGUGUACGCCUCAGACUUGCUGCCCCAGCAGCUGAUAGUAACUGAUGAUUUAAAGCUUUCUAUCAACAAAUUGCUGAAGGAGGUGGUCAAUCUCAGCAAAUAAUGGCUCGAUCGAGGGUCCUGAUCUUGAUGUUUCUGGUAUAUUAGAAGGUAGGUAAGUGGAAAUGAAAGCCCAAGGUAAGGUCUUCAAUUUUUAUUUUUUUAACAAGAUCUUACUACGGAAAUCUUGUUGUCAAAGGUGAUUCUUGCAAUGUAAUCUCUUGGUAAGGCGAUUCUUGUUGUUGUUGAGGCUAUUGUUUAUGUUUGAGUUAUCUUAUUUAGUUUACAUGUUAAACAUUUCAAUUGAUCACACUAGGGAGGGUGGCAAACGAUAGUCAGACACUUAUGCGAAGGUCGGUCUGUGCAGAGUUUAUGGAUUGGGAAUGCUUUCCUGCUUGGUUAGGCCUUGAUAUCUACCCUCUCAGAAGAUCCUUGUCAUCAAAUGGAAUGGACAACUACAAGCAGUGGUUCACCGUUAGCGAGGGUCAACUUGGAUUGUUACAAUCAUGUGAUGUGGGAAGAUCUUGGGGAUAUCUCCAAUCCACCUUGGGGCCUACCAUGAAUGAUUCAGAUCUCCAGAGCAUGAGUUCACAAGGUGGAUGGUUCAGACCCUAGUGAGCGGGGACAUGCGGAUGGUCACAACAGAGGUAAAAACAAACUCAUUUGCCGGAAGUGCUUUCUUAGUGUUUUUGGGGUGUGGAGCAAGGCUGCUCUUUUGUUUUUCUUUUAGGCGGACCUCAUCCAUUUUUGUUGUGGGGCCCGCCCGAAGUGGAUUUGUAUAGCCCUCUCUUGAUAUGCAUAGACAAUCUGGUCUUUUUUUAAAAAAAAAAAAAAAAACAAACUCAUUUAGCCAAGAGGUUUUA